GAGAGAGGGAGGAGCACCUCGUUCUCGUUCUCUCUCACACACUCGCCAGAAAAAGACAGGGCCGAGCAAUAGAGAGCGAGGAGGAACUCGAGGCACCCAGAGGCAGACAGGGGCAAAGCAUUGUCUUGCUUCACCAUGGCUCCGUGGACCAGGACCACCACUGAGAGAUAUGGAGUUGUCAAGUGGAAUUUCACAGCCAAAGAAGAGAGGCAGCUUUCUCUGGUCGUUGGUGAAACAGUGCAAAUACAGGAGGCGUGUGAAGGCUGGUAUAAGGGCUACUUAACCCGGAACAAGGAUAAGAAAGGGGCCUUUCCUGCAAGCUUUAUUGAGCUUAAGGAGGUUAUCAUUGAAAAAAGGGGGAAUGAAGAGGUUGUGACCUCUGCAGAGAUGCCUCUAGUUAAGGAGGUUACCACCACAUUGAGAGAAUGGGGCAGCAUCUGGAAACAGCUGUUUGUGGUGAAUAAGAAGGAGCGUUUUAAGCAGGUGCAGGGUUUGAUGUGGGACCUGAUGGAAUGGCGCUCUCAGCUGCUCUCUGGCACAUUGCCUGGCGACGAGUUUAAGGAACUCAAACAGAAAGUCACGUCUAAAAUCGACUAUGGAAAUAAGAUCCUGGAGUUGGAUCUAGUAGUAAGGGAUGUUAAUGGGAACAUUCUGGACCCUGAUAACGCCAGUGUUAUCAGCUUGUUUAGAGCUCAUGAGGAUGCCACAGCAACCAUCUCGGAGCGUAUCAAAGAAGAGCAGUCUAAUGUCCAGAUGGAUCAUUCUGGAGUCUCAGCACGAAUCCAGUCCUCACCCACGCACAGCCUCUACGUCUUUGUACGCAAUUUUGUCUGUCGCAUUGGAGAAGAAUCUGAACUUUUCAUGUCUCUGUACGACCCCCUCAAACAAAUGAUCAUCAGUGAGAACUAUCUGGUAAGAUGGGGGGAUAAAGGUUUUCCUAAAGAUGUCGAGAUGCUGAACAACCUGAAGGUGGUGUUUACUGAUUUAGGCAACAAAGACUUGAACAGAGAGAAGAUUUAUCUGAUAUGUCAGAUUGUGCGUGUUGGGAGAAUGGACUUGAAAGACACCAGCACUAAGAAAUUUACCACAGGACUGCGCAGACCAUUUGGGGUUGCAGUGAUGGACAUCAGUGACAUCAUCAAAGGAAAGAUGGAAUGUGAUGAAGAAAAGCAAUACUUCAUCCCUGUUCAUCCGGUCUUGGCUGAGAAUGACUUUCUCCACACACUCCUGAACAAGGUGACGGCCUCCAGAGGAGACAGCGGAGGCCAGGGGCUGUGGGUAACAAUGAAGGCACUGGUGGGUGAUAUUGUCCAGAUUCGUAAAGAAUACCCCCACCUAGUGGACCGAAGCACAGUGGUGGCCCGAAAACUGGGCUUUCCCGAGAUAAUCAUGCCGGGAGACAUCCGCAAUGACAUCUACCUCACACUUCACUCCGGAGAUUUCGACAAAUACAACAAAACAACACAAAAGAACGUGGAGGUCAUCAUGCUAGUGUGCGAUGAGGAGGGAAAGGUUGUGCCGAAUGCUAUCUGUUUAGGAGCAGGGGAUCAACCGGUAAGCGAAUACAGAUCUGUCAUCUACUACCAGAUUAAACAACCUCGCUGGAUGGAAACUUUCAAGGUGGCGAUCCCUCUGGAGGAGAUGCCAAGGAUUCACCUGCGCUUCAUGUUCCGCCAUCGCUCUUCUCAGGAGUCAAAGGACAAGAGUGAGAAGAACUUUGCCAUGGCGUUUGUGCGACUGAUGAAGGAGGAUGGGACAGUGCUGAAGGAUGGAAUACAUGACCUAAUGGUGUUUAAGGGUGAUAGUAAACGCAUGGAGGAUGUGAGCUCCUAUCUGUCUUUGCCGGCAGAGCGCAGUCACACUGAUGUCCACAAGGGGUCCACAUUGAUGAGGAACAACAGCAGCGUAGGCGGCCUGUCCGUCAGCUCACGGGACAGCUUCACCAUAUCCACUCUCGUCUGCUCCACCAAGCUCACUCAGAACGUGGGCUUGCUGGGGCUGCUUAAAUGGAGAACUCGGCCUGAACUGCUCAAAAGUAACCUACAGGACCUCAAGCUCAUCGAUGGAGAGGAGGUUGUCAAGUUUCUACAGGACACACUCGAUGCUCUGUUUAACAUCAUGAUGGAGCACUCUCAGACGGAUGACUAUGACAUACUGGUGUUUGACGCCCUGAUUUAUAUCAUAGGACUGAUUGCAGACAGGAAGUUUCAGCACUUUAACACUGUGUUGGAAGCUUACAUUAAACAGCAUUUUAGUGCUACUCUGGCUUACAAAAAGCUGAUGUCAGUGUUGAAGACGUAUCUGGAUGUGUCCAGCCGUGGUGAGGCAUGUGAGCCAAUUCUUCGCACUCUGAAGGCCCUCGAAUACAUCUUCAAAUUCAUUGUCCGCUCCCGCAUGCUCUACUCCCAGCUAUAUGAAGGAAAGGAGCAGGCAGAGUUUGAGGACUCUCUGAAGGGCCUGUUUGAGUCCAUCAACAACCUGAUGAAGAGUGAUUACACCACCACUUUAUUACAGCAGGUGGCAGCUCUAAAGUACUUGCCCGCUGUGCUGCAGGAUAUUGAGACUGUUUUUGAUGCAAAGCUGCUCAGUAAGUUGCUGUAUGAUUUUUACACCUGUAUUCCUCCGGACAAACUGCAGAAGCAGAAAGUGGCCUCCAUGACUGAAAUCGUCAGCAGUCGCCUCUUCCAGAGAAAGGACUGCCGUGAUAUCCUGUUACCCAUGAUGCUUAAGGAGCUGAGUGGAGCUUUGGCUGAUUUUGGGGAGGGGCCUCAGGAUGAAAGGCGGAACAGUGUGGAACUACUCAACAAGAUACUGGAGGUGCUCAGCCGCAAAGACGUGGGAGACACGUUUCAGCAUAUCCAGAAAAUUGUGACAUCUCUGCUGAGGACCAUAAACCGCACGGUCAUCAUCAUGGGCCGAGAACACACCCUCAUCUCUCGUGUAGUAGCCUGUAUGACUGCUAUACUGAGUCAAAUGGACGAUCGACACUAUUCAAGCUACAUCGAAACUUUCAGUGGCACUAGUGACCUAGUGGACUUCUUGAUGGAGACAUUCCUGCUGUUUAAGGAUCUGAUUGGUAAACAUGUUUAUCCUUCUGAUUGGGUCACCAUGAUCAUGGUGCAGAACAGAGUGUUCCUCAGAGCCAUAAACAUCUACGCUGACACCAUGAACCACAAGUUCCUGGACAACAACAACUUUGAAGUGCAGUUGUGGAAUAAUUACUUCCAUUUGGCUGUGGCGUUUAUUACCCAAGAGUCUUUGCAGCUGCAGCACUUCUCCCCCACAAAGAGAAACAAGAUCCUGGCAAAAUAUGGUGAUAUGAGAAGGCUGAUUGGAUUUGCCAUCAGAGACAUGUGGUACAAGUUGGCGGGGAAUAAAAUCUGUUUUAUCCCUGGCAUGGUGGGGCCGAUCCUGGAGAUGACGUUAAUUCCUGAGGAGGAACUUCGCAGAGCUACAAUACCCAUCUUCUUUGACAUGAUGCAGUGUGAACACAAACAUGCAGGACACUUUAAAAAAUUUGAGAAUGAGAUCAUUUUGAAGUUGGAUCAUGAAGUGGAAGGAGGGGGAGGAGAUGUCAGAUACAUGGAGCUACUGCAGACAAUUCUCCUAGAGUGUGCUCAGGAGCACGCCCCGCUUUUGUCAGAGGUGCGGAGCUUUGUUUCCUUGGUGACUGGACUCCUGGAGCGUCUCCUUGAUUACCGUACGGUGAUGAGUGACGACAGCCGAAACAACCGCAUGAGCUGCACUGUCAAUCUUUUGAAUUUCUACAAGGAUAUCAAUCGUGAGGCAAUGUACAUCAGGUACCUCUAUAAGCUCAGGGAUCUUCAUUUGGACGGGGAGAACUUCACAGAGGCUGCAUACACACUUCUGCUGCAUUCCAAGUUGCUUAAGUGGUCAGAUGAACAGUGUACUCCUCAGGUGGACUUCCAGAGCCGCCAGUCCCAGCGGCAGCUCAAAGAGUCACUCUACAGCACCAUCAUCAGCUACUUUGACCAGGGCAAGAUGUGGGAAGAAGCCAUUGCUCUGUGUAAAGAGCUUGCUGACCAGUAUGAGAUGGAAGUCUUCGAUUAUGAGCUGCUCGGAGAGAACCUGAAACAACAGGCAAAGUUCUAUGAGAACAUCAUGAAGAUUCUUCGUCCUAAACCAGAUUACUUUGCUGUGGGAUACUACGGCUGUGGCUUCCCCCAGUUCCUGCGGAAUAAGGUCUUUAUUCAUCGUGGUAAAGAGUACGAGCGCAGGGAGGACUUUCAGGGACAACUGAUGAGCCAAUUCCCCAGCGCUGUCAGACUCAACACCACCACCAUGCCUGGAGAUGACAUCAAGAAUUGCCCCCUGCAGUACAUCCAGUGCUUCACUGUCCAACCUGUACUAGAGAUUCCACCCCGUCUAAAGAACAAGCCAGUCCCUGAUCAGAUCAUCAACUUCUAUAAGUCAAACUAUGUUCAGAGGUUCCAGUACUCCAGGCCUGUGAGGAAGGGAAAAGUCGAUCCAGACAACGAGUUUGCUUCAAUGUGGAUUGAGCGCACCACUUUCUACACCGCAUAUAAGUUGCCAGGAAUUCUGCGCUGGUUUGAGGCUACAAGCAUGACUCAUACAACGGUCAGUCCUCUGGAAAAUGCUAUCGAGACAAUGGGCAACACCAAUGAGAAAAUCCUCACCAUGAUUAAUCAAUACCAGUGUGACGAGACUCUGCCCAUAAACCCCCUCUCUAUGCUGCUCAAUGGUAUUGUGGAUCCUGCUGUCAUGGGUGGUUUUGCCAAGUAUGAGAAGGCAUUUUUCAUAGACGAGUACACGCAGGAGCAUCCAGAGGACAAAGAAAAGCUGUCUCGUCUCAAAGAUCUCAUCGCGUGGCAGAUUCCGUUGCUGGGCCGAGGGAUCGUUCUGCAUGGGAAGAGGGUGACGGAUGACCUCAGACCUUUUCACGAGCGCAUGGAGGAGUGCUUCAAACAGCUGAAAAAGAAAGUGGAGAAGGAGUACGGAGUCAGAGAACUGCCGGACAUGGAUGAUAGAAGGUCCACACGUCCACGCUCUAUGCUCCGCUCGGUCCGUCAGUCUAUCUGCUCUUUGGCUGGAUCAGAAUGUGGAACCCCCACUAAACCACAUCCAGACAGUGUCUCUCUGGACUCGGCCGUGCCACUUACCCCUACUUCCCUGCCUCGCUCCAGUGGUAGCAUCAGUGUGGUUGAUGACAGCGGACAAGAAGUGGAGGUGAGACUGAGGUCCAAGAGGAAGAAGCAGAAGCAGGGAAGGGGCAGCAUGAUCUUUAUCAGUGAAGAGAAAGAGAGGACCAGCACUCUGGACGGCAAACGACUGUCAAAAAAGCAGGAGUUCCGCAGUGACACAAAUCUAUCAGAGCCCAGUGAAGAGAGCAGCCUGGCCAACAGUAACUCCAGAUCACUGCCUACUAUAACAGGUCUGUCUCUGAGCGUAGCCAAUGGCAGUGAGGAGGUGGAAUCACCCAGAAUUAGACGGGACAGUAAGAGCAUGUCUGUGUGUCUGCCGUCUGACCGCACCAGCGAUCGACGCUCAAAAGGCGUCAUUAAUCUGCUCUUUAAAACCCGGCUGAGCUCGAAGCCUGAGGAGGGAAAAGCAGUACCUGACUCUGCCAGCGAGAAAACAUCGACACGUUUUUAAUUCUUUAAAUUUUUUUCUGGAAUAUAAUUUCUACGUCUAGAAAAGAUAAAUGGAGAUUUAAUUGUUUUUGUAUUAUCAAGUAUAACUUGUAUUAUCAGUAAUAUUAGCGGACUGUGGAAGGCAAAGACAACCUAUUUGGACCUUUAAUCACAAUAAUAUUAGCCUGAAACUCUGUACAGAAAAUGCUGGAGCUUUAGUGUUUUGAGAGCUCUAAUAAUGUUGAUGAAGAAAUGAUUAAAUGAAAUGAGCUCACAUUCUACCUGAACCUUAAUAUUUUCUCAUGUUGAUAAAUGAAGAAAUAAUCCUCAAUGCAUCAGUGCUGUUUCUGUCAGUAUUAGAAUUUACAUGUAAAUCUGAUCUUUAUUAUGUAUGCAAAUAGCUUUUUGGUAAAUUUGUCAACUUUUGCAUAGUACUACAUAAAGUAAUGUUUAAUGCAUAAUGCAGGAACUAAUGUGAGGUAACCAGCUAAUGAGCUCCUUCAGGGUACUCUGUGUAAUCUUUUGCAAUCUGUACUAUAGUUACAGGCAGUGACACAAGAGGAGAGGUCUCAGCCUCUGAUGCAAAGUAGGAAACUCCUUACAUCCAGUGCAGAACUACAAAGCUAUAAAUUCCUUUUUGCCUGAAGGUUUGUAUUAAUUAUAAAUUCCUGCAAAGGUUGUAGAUAUUUUUUCAUGGGAGUGAGACCUGUUACACAACACAACACUCAAACAGUUGAACAAUUAUGUUUGAGGAAGUUGUGCUUCUCUGUCCUCAGCUCAUUAGCCAGAUAGCUUCCUGUGCUCGAUUAACCAGGUAAUACAUUUCAGUCAGUAUGAUUACAGUGUUUCCAUUAAAAUGCAGUCUUUAAUACUGAGAAUGGUGGUAAUAUUAUAUCCGUUGAUUGGUUGGAAAAAGCUAGACAGCAUGCUAAUGUUAGCCAGCUUUCCUCUUUGUUUCCUUCUGUAGCUAGUAGUAUUUUAUUGGAUGUUGUAUAAAAAAAAGGAAAAAAAUCAACUCA